CAUGGGAUGCUCAAAACGGCCGAGGCUAGCAUGGGAGGAAAGGUUCAACCCGUUCACAUGAUCAAUGAAGGCGGAAAGAAAAGGGCCAACCCCGGACCAAAGGCAAAUGUUGCUAAAGGAAAGGGAAACAACAAAAGGAACAACAGAGGAACAGGAAAGGCAAAAAUGGAUACUCCAAAAACGAAGAAGCAAAAGGUUGCUGUCAAUGACCCAUGCUUUGAGUGUGGGGAGGUAGGACAUUGGAAGCGUAAUUGUCCAACCUAUCUCAAAGAGUUGAAAGCUAAGAGGGAUGCAGGGCAAACCUCAGGGGUUCAUAAGAAAAAGGAACAUCAAGAAGGGGGACAUUAGUCUCUUUAUGGGCAAUGGUGCGAAAGUACAAGUUGAAGCCCAAGGAGACUAUCUUUUGAAACUACCAAAUGGUUUGGAAAUUGUAUUGAACAAUGUUUUGUAUGCACCUAGUUUAACUAGGAACAUUAUUUCAGUUUCCCGUUUAAGACAUGUUGGAUAUGAUUUUAAAUUUGUUAACAAUGAUAUCCAUAUUUCUAUGAA